AGAAGAAGAACAUGAAGAAGAAGCGGAACAUGUGGAAGAAACUGCAGGAGAAGAGUUUGGAGAGCACAUUGAAGAAGAGGAAGAGCGCCCGAGACCAAGGCCAAUGAUGCCCCAGCUUGCUCCUCCUAAAAUUCCAGAGGGCGAGAGAGUUGACUUUGAUGAUAUACAUAGGAAGCGGAUGGAAAAAGAUCUCCUGGAGCUUCAGACCUUGAUUGAUGUCCAUUUUGAACAACGCAAGAAGGAGGAGGAAGAGCUAAUUGGUCUAAAGGAUAGAAUAGAAAACCGCAGAUCUGAGAGGGCAGAGCAACAGCGCUACCGGACUGAGAAAGAACGGGAACGACAGGCCAGGAUGGCUGAAGAAAAAAUGAGGAAAGAAGAAGAAGAAGCUAAAAAACGAGCUGACGAUGAUGCCAAGAAGAAAAAAGUUUUGUCCAACAUGGGAGCACAUUUUGGAGGUUAUUUAGUAAAGGCAGAACAAAAAAGAGGAAAGAGACAGACUGGGCGUGAGAUGAAGAGGAAAAUCUUGGCAGAGAGACAUAAACCCCUCAACAUUGACCAUAUGAAUGAAAAUCAGCUGAAAGAGAAGGCUGAUGAACUUAGAGAUUGGAUGUAUCAACUAGAGUCAGAAAAGUUUGACCUAAUGGAGAAAAUGAAAACACAGCGAUAUGAGAUCAAUGUCCUUUACAACCGUAUUAGUCACGCACAGAAAUUUUUUACGAAAGGAAGAAAAAAAUUGGGGAAAGGGGGAAGAAUAAUAUAGGAGAAAAACAAAAAAGGAGCCGGUAAAGGACGUGUUGGUGGACGCUGGAAGUAAGAAAAUAUGGAGCAUUUUUUCCCCCACUCUUGAGAACAUCCACUUUUUACCUUUAUCUGUCACUCCUGACCAUUUGCCAGUUUACAGCCCAAGUACCCAUCGGAUUAUACCUUCAACAGCCCUCUGCUACCUUAAUAACAAUGAUUAUUAUUAUUUGGCUUAUUGUAUACUGUAAUAUUAAACAUUUUAAGUAUAUGAUUGGCCAGUGUUUAAAUUCUAUUUAUUCAGAGUGCGUGUAACUGCCAUGAACACUUUCCUUGGUAAAUAAAACAAAUAU